GGGGGGGGGGGGUUGGAUCUGUGGGGGGUGUGGCUGCUUGACUCGGACCGCCUGCUUUGUUGUCCCGCUCCUAGCAUGACACGCCUCCAAAAAGGAUCGAUGAGUGAUAGUCUCCAUGGUUACAGUCAUGUGACAGGCAGAGAGGAGCACAGACAGAGUGACUCAUGAAUAUUAAUCAGUGGUGUGUAUGAUGGCGUGUAUUGUGUUUGUUAGUGUUACGUGUGUGUAGAUGUUAGCAAUAGCAUUAGCAUUAGCGAUGUCUUGGCUCUUCUCUGCUGGCACCAAGUGUCCAGAGCUGGUGGUUUGACUUGUGUUUACAUUUUGUCCUAGCCCCCUGCUUGUCACCACGUUAUUGACCGAGUGUGUGUGCGCUUAUGUAUAUAGUGCUGAUCACAGAUGAACCUUACAAUCAUUAUUAUUUGUUGAUUUGUAGCUUGAUUAUUUAUUGAUGCCAUGAUGCAGCAAAUGUAAAAAUUCAGGUAGAUGUGUGUUGUGGUUGUUGUAGUGAUGAUGGUGAAGAUGAAAUGAUUGAAAAUCAACUCGGCAACCAACGGUGUCUUUAUCUUCCGUCUUUGUCGCUAACAUGCUAACAUUCUCCUCCAUUGUGCGAAUCAUUUGUAAUAAUUACCCAACCAAUCAUCUUUGAAUAAACGGUCAUUUAAAUACACAAUUAGGACCCAUCAUGAAAGAAAUGCGCUUGUUAACCUGGUGAAACUACAUUAUACAUGCAAAUGAGGAAUGAAAUGACAAGAGACUUAAUCAUUCGCAUAUGAAAUAGAAAAUUAUGAGUGCACUACAAUGAAGGAUGCAAUAAGAAAUAUGUUGGCUGAGGCAAACAAAAUUAUUUGAAUGGUCUCCUUGUUUUUUUUACUGUGACCACAAGAGGGGGACAAAUACACACUCGCGAGGAAUAAUUAAAGUGCGAUGUUGGAUGGGUCACUGAGUUGGUUGUGUUACCUGAUUUAUGUUUGUAUUGUUUAAUGACAGAGUCAUGGAAAUAGUGUGUGUGAGACGUGCUUGCAUGUACAUGAUUAGUAUUGGUUGUUGCUGAUGUAAAUAGUGAAAUACUGUAUAUUUCUGUAUAUUAUCAGGUGAAUAUUUAUUGUUGGAGCAAAGUUCAGCUUUUUGUGGCUCUAAAAGAAGCGAUGAGGAUAAAUAAAGGAUAAGUCAACCAUGACUUUAUUGAAAAUAUUGCAGUAUUUCCAUCCUGCAUUCAUCACAUUUAUUAUUCAAAUAAAAAAACAGCAGCACAAAUUUCACAAUGAAGUUUUUGUGGGUCAAUCAAACUACAAGACUGGCUGGCCCAGAGGUGUCAAAUAAUAAUUUAUCCAGGUAGUUAAUUGUCCAUGGCAUAUGUGCUUGUGAGUUUUUAUGGACGGUGUGGGAGACAAAAAGUGAGCAAAAAAUAUGAAAAGCAAAAUGUUUAGAAAUACCAAUUAACUUUUUUAUGUCACUGGCAAAACAAAGUCACAUGUGAGAGCUGUGUUGGGCGGUGGGUUGGAUUUAAUUAGGACAUGAGUCUUAAAGAUGAAGAUGACAGCUGACGUUGCAUUGGUCUAAAGUGACGAGCUGUCUGAACUGGGCUCUUAUCCGUUCCUAAAGCCUCCAGAUGUCAGACAGUUCAAACACGCCAGCUCGUUCUCUAAAGCCUGAUUGAAGAUGCGAGUCCACCAUGAGACCUCCUCGUCCUGUAUUAAUCGCUAUAGGAGAACAGGUCAGGGGUCAGGCGUGUGAGAGGAAGAGGACGUGCGUGGUCCGGGAGCGAAGGGGUUUCGGAAAGUGACAGAUGGACUUGUGAGGAUUAGAAGCAAAGCUGCUGCGUUUGUGAUGUGAGAAAGAAGGACGACGGAGAGAAAGUGGAAGACAUCAUCGUCUGGACUGAAGACCACAUCUGUCCCUUCAGGUGGUGGUCCUCACACGGAGACAAAGACCGGGUGAGAUUAAAACGGAUUACUAGGCACAGAGGUGGUUUUGAGACUCAAUCCGCCGGCGAGGAAGUACAGGAGCAGGCGGGUCUUGUGCUGAUUAAUUGUGGCGAGCGGAGGAUAAGACUUAGACGUUUAUCUUCAUCCCUGGGAAGACACGGUGGUCACAGAUGUGAGCGUCAGGAUGGGAUAGUUUGUGCAUUCCAUAAGGCCAGAAUGUGCCGGAAGACCAGAGUGAAGCUGGGCUGCUUUCUUCCCUCCUCCAACCUCUGGCCCGCACAUCUGGAUCUUUGAGUGAUUAAAUCUUCAUCUUCCUCCACGCUGCCCGACCCCUUGACCUCCGCUCAUCCACUGUUCUCCUAGCCACGCCCCAUUCCCUCCAUCGUUACACACAUCCUCUUUUUUUUACUUCCCCUCUGACCUUUGCUCUACUUCUCAAACAUUCCUAAUCCCCUUUCCUCACUCUUCUACUCUUCACGCUCGCAUCCCUCACCAUGUCGGCCAAUUCAUCAACACGUCUCUCCUCCCCGCUCUGAUUUUUUGCCCACGGUAGCACGAAGCCUACCGCCACCGCCACCCUGACUCCUCUGAGCCUCAUCCAGGACCGCCGCCCGGGCCGCCAUGUUGGAGAAGAUGUCCAGACGCAACCGGUCGCUCCUGUCGUUGUCGCUGACCUCACUGGCGCUCACCUUGUCCGUGUCGGCCUUCUGCACGUCCUAUUGGUGCGAGGGGACCCACAAGGUGGUCAAGCCGCUCUGCCUGUCGCCCGUCAAGAUGAAGAACUGCGGUCAGAACAACAGCCAGCCCUACACCACAGAGGCACCCACGCCAGACCCCAGGAACCCACCCUCCAAUGUGACGCUGACGCCCAGGCAGAAGGAGGAGUUGGCAAUCAUCAGGAGGAAGCAGCUGGCCAACGCCGUCCACUACAUCUGGGAGACGGGAGAGGACAAGUACAUGCUGCGCUACUUCCACACCGGCUUUUGGCUCUCCUGUGAGAAGCACAACGAAGGUGAGGACCAGGAAGAAAAGUGUCGCAGUUUCAUCGAGCUGACGCCAGGAGAGACUCAGGGCGUCCUGUGGCUGUCGGUAAUCAGCGAGUUCAUGUACAUCGGCCUGCUGGCCAUGGGCUUCCUGCUCAUGUGGGUGGAGGCCAUUUGCCUGUGUGCCAAGAGGGAGAUGAACGCCCUCAAGAUCAAUGCCUAUGCCGCCAUGUGCACCGUGCUGUCAGGCCUGAUGGGCAUGAUGGCCCACAUGAUGUACACCACCGUCUUUCAGAUGACCGUCAGCAUUGGCCCCAAAGACUGGAGACCUCAGACGUGGGACUACAGCUGGUCCUUCGCCAUGGCGUGGCUGUCGUUCAGCUGCUGCAUGGCGGCCGCCGUGGCCACGCUCAACUCCUACACCAAGACACUCAUUGAGAUGAAGCACCGUGCUCGCUUGCGGCUUGAGGAGGCCCGCUCCACCGCCCGCGCCCCUUCCUACGAAGAGGUGGUUCGAGCGGGUGGUGGGGUCUACUCCGUCAGCCAGCUGAUCCACCUGGGCCAGCAGAGGGCACUCAUGGACCCCCUUUGGCCUCGGGGAGUGGGCCCGGCCGUCGGGCCACUGGCCUGCAGUGCAGGCGGGGCACUGCUUGUCGGUGGCGGAGGGAUUGGAGUCGGCGGAAUGGGAGCCAUCGCGAUAGGAUCAGGGGGACCUUUUGGGGAGCAGCCUGUGGGGGACCCUCAUGGCUUAGUUGUGGUGGAAGGGUGCGGUAUCGACGGCUGCGAAGACUGCGAGAGAGAGCUGGAUGACAUGGACUAUGCUAUGCAGGAGAGAGAGGAUUCGCUUUGCUAGCACUUCUUCUGACACCUGCUGGCUUGGGGUGAUACCAUGGCUCUCACAAGCUAGCUGCUUAGUAGCAAACUUGUUAGCCACACUGGAGCAAACAAGUGUGCUGCUUUGUAGCAAACAUGCUAUCUUAUUUGUAAGAAACAAGCUAGCUGAUUUGUCGCAAAAAUGUUAGCUGCUUUGUUGCACAUUCAGGUGAGACUUUUAGCAGCAUUCAAGCAACAUGAACAGGUGAGUACUCUCUACCGGAUCAGGUUUUGGGGAUUUGUGGGUUAAGGAUUUGGGAAGCAGUGACUCACUUAUGUUGUAUGGAUGAUUUUUUCUGGCAGUGUAGUUUUUUUUAAGUGUAUUUAUGGAUUGAAGUAUUUCAUAGUGCCCCCAAAUCCUAACUAAUCUGCUGUGUGAACAAUGUGUGGACUUUAGUUGAGAGUAUUUUGCUAUGCUGGAGUAUUAAAGGGCUAUUGUGUGAGAGUUUGCACAUUGUAGACAGUGCAUUGAAUUUAUCUAUAUGCACAUGCUGGUGUACAUUUUGUGAACAUAUAUCAGGGAUUAAAGAGCAGGACAUAAAAUUUAAAAGAAAUAUUUAAAGAGCAAACAUGCAAUAUUCCCUUGUGUAACUUCAGGAUUUGUCCAAGUUGAAGCAUUUAAUGAAAGAAUGAAAGCUUUGGACCUGAGACAGAUGCUCUGCUCAAGCUUAUUGGAAUAAUCUGCACGCAGGCCGUGAUUGACAGACAAACAAGGUCACCGUGUGCUAUGUGGCCACUAAUUACAAGUAGAAGGUAGAAUUAUACAACACUUUACAAACAUAAAGAAACAAAGUUAAUGUGGUCCAUGAGAAAGAUGUGAAAUAAAACUGCAGAUAAGACAAAAUGCAUCUGUUUUGCGUGAGCGAAGGAAAGAAAACCAAAUGCCGCCAUCUGUAGGCACACGCCGCAAAGGUAAAAAGAGAAAAAAUCAAAAGAGAAACCUGUCUGUCUGUACUUUGAAAUCCUCUUAAAAUGUCAAGACUUUACUCAAACGUCACACUGUUGAAGGUACCUCGUUGGGUACACCAGCUCGUAGAAAAAUAUUAAUAAUCACUAAAUAACUCUACUCGCACAUAAGCAACAAGUUCCCCCUUGAAAGUCGACACUUUGUCCAAAACCCAUGAGUUCAUCUGUGUUUUUUCAUGCAAGUAUGAGGGUUGAAAAAAUGCAAUAUCCUAUGCAUGUUUGAACGAGUGCAAAUUCCUACCCGUAGAUGAAAGAAUGUUUAUUCUUACUCAUGGUUGAAAGACUGCAUAUUCCUACGAAUGGUUGAAAUAAUUAAAAAUCCUACCCACGGUUAAAAAGAGUGGGAUGGAGGAAAGAGUGCAUAUUACUAGCCAUGGUUAAAAGAUUGCUUUUCCUACGGAUGGUUGAAAGAGUGGGAAUUCUUACCCAUGGAUGAAAGAGUGCGUUUUCCUACGGAUGGUAGAA